CCCGCCUGGGGCGGCGACACCGACGCCGAUCUACCUCAUUUGAGAGAUGAUCCGCGCGAGCAGGGCCCCCUCGGGAAAGCGCAACGAGCCGCUCUCGGCCUCGGCGUCGCCACGGGCCGCAACACGGAGUCCUUCGACCCCCAGUCGACCUUGGUGAGACCCUCGUUCCGCGUGCGCGUCUGCUCCGGCUCGAAGCCCAGGUACGACAGGCCCCUGAAGCACGACGAUAUAGUCAUCGUGCCCGAGUUUUUUUGUAAAGAAGACGACUGGUCGUUGUAUUACAAGCUCAUCGACGAGAUGCGCGAGUCCCAACAAAAGGGCAAGGCGCCCGGGAAGCGCGGUCCCGGCCCAGAAUGGCAGAGCUGGCACGAGGGCGCCCAUUUGAUCUCCAAGGACCCGAGCGGUUCCAAGACGUACCAGGCUGUGUGAAAAUCAAGCAGGCGUCGCGUCGAUGGCGUGGAGGACGACACUAUGAUUUCCACGCAGGUACCAGGAGGUCCAGAAAAAAAUGGGCGACUUCUUCGGCCUCCAGCCGCAGUCAAGAGGGACGCGCUUCAACUGGUACAACAACCCGAGCGACUGGAAGCCCUUCCACCACGACUCGGCGGCGUUCAACGCGCAGCGCGCGCGCAACCAGAACUGCACCGUGGGUGUUUCGUUUGGGGACGCCCGGGAACUGGCGUUCGUGGAUGCGAUGGACCCUUCCAAGCGCUUCUACUUCCCACAGACGAACGGUGGCUUGUUUUACUUUGGAAGAGAUGUCAAUAUUCGCUCCGAGCCGUGUGGAAAUGAACCGUCGCGUCGAUGGCGUCUGACAUGGAAUUUCCACGCAGGCUUCAAGCACGGCGUCAACCUGCUACCGGAGGAGGAGCGCUCGGGCAAGGGCCGCGUCUCGAUCAUCCUGUGGGGCCAGGCCGACGUCGUCGACGAGGCGGGCUCGCCGCCGCACUUCACGGACCCGAGGUCGCCGCACUUCUCCCAGCACGGCAAGGGCGGCGGCAAGGGUCGCGGUGGUGGCCGCGGGCGCGGCUUCGGCGGGCGCGGAGGAGGACGUGGCGACCACUUCCGCCGCUAG